AUAAUUCCCUAGUAGUCUACAUUUUUGACGUUAGAUGGUGUGAAAAGUGAAUUAUUAACAAUGGCGUUUGUGUAGAGAGUGGUGUAAAGAAUCGUUCGAAUUUUUUAAUUUAUAUGUAAAUGUAUCGUGAAAAUAUAAGAAAAAAUGUUGUCAGUUAGAGAAAUACCUGUUUAAGUUGAUUAAAGUUUAGUUCUGUAGAAGUGGGAUAUGAAUUACGAUGUCUUUCGUUAACAUUCCUGACAUUCCAAAGGAAGAAUGGAAGUAAAUUUUGAAGAGCACGAAGAUAAAUAUGUAUGCUGAUGGAUGUAGAGUAGCCGGUUUGUCGUGAAUAAGAAACGGAAAUCCUCUGCCAUAGUUCUGCGUUAAUUCUAGGAUUUCCGUAAUAAUGAUUAAUACGUGACCUGAAAAUGGUAAUUCUGCAUAAGAAUGCCACAGAUCCGUGAGUUGAAGCAUUCAGAAUCAUGGCUCACCACGAAUUUCUUCCAGUUUGUGAUGUGCUGUUUAAUAUAAUCUCCUUGGCCUCUUACUUUUGUGACGUGGUGUUCGAUGUCGUGAUGGGAUAUGCACUGUUUGAAAGGGGUCGCAUUGUUUGGUUUGCUGUUUCAAUGACUUUUGUUACUGCUUCUGUGGUCAUAAGCCAAGUCAUAUCCCUCAAAUGGUACAUUCAUGCAAGUGAGACUCGUAGACGGUUGAAGGAGAAAUCGAAAAGCGAAGCUGAGGUUGCAAAAAAUCCUCGUUAUAGUAGUGAACAGUGUUUGCAAUUUCUUGUUGCAGCCCUGCACCUCAUACAGUGUGGUAUUCUUUGGCGGUAUUUCAAAUUAUUCAUUCCUGUAGAUCUUCGUUACGUGAAACAUGAAGUACGAGAUCUGUGUAUGUUGCGUUUAUUUCAUGCCUUCUGUGAAGCAGCCCCUAUGUUACUAGUCCAGCUGUAUUUGUUGUGGCAGGAAAGCUCACCUAAGGAGUUUAGUGACCUCAACAUUGUAUCAACUGUUCUGUCACUAUUCAGCGUUUGCUGGGCACUGGCCUCUUUCAGCAAGAAUGUACGACUUCAAAAUGUGCAUCGAUUGGUUCUAACAUGGCUUGGUGUAAUAUUUCAGUUUCUUUGGAGACUUGGGACAGUUUCAGCACGUGUGACAGCUUUAACUGUGUAUGCUACACUUUAUGGACAUUGGGUAUUUCUUGUAAUUGGCCUCCAUUGGAUUUCUAUGUUUCUUUGGCUGAUCUCACCAAAGAAUGUGUUCCAUGGUGAAAGAAUCUCCAAGCGACGUAAGGCAGCCUUCUCAGCUCUCAUAGCAAUUGUCUAUAUAUUUUCAUACAUCAACCUACAGGAGUUUAAUCCACGGCAGAAAAUGGCAAUGUUUUAUGUGGUGAUGUUCCUGGAAAAUGGUCUUCUAGUUGCGGCAUGGCUUGUUGGUGUAUGGGGUGAGGCUCCUUGGUACAGGAAUGCUAUCCCCGGUGUUGUGUUCUUGUCAUUUUGUACAGGAAUAACUUUUAUGCUGCUCUACUACCGGUACUUUCAUGUCAGGAGUUGCUGUUGCAGGUUGCAUUAUGAGGCAGGUGGUCGACCAAACUCAUACAAUAAUAACUGUGACUCAACUCAACGUUUGUCUGGGAACAGCUAUGGAGAAAUUCAACAGAGCAGCAAAUUGGAUGAUCAGCUAGCAGGAACUAAAAAUCAGGAAACGGAUUGCAAUGGCAAGCUUGGUGGAAGCAGCUGUUACCAGCGAAAUAACAAUGGCUACCACCCAUACCACCAUGGUGGUAUCCCAGGCGUAUUUAACUGUCGAUUUAGUAAUCCUGUGGCAUCUGCAGCAGCGACAAAACGUAAGAAAAAGAAGCCAACUAGUUUUGUUCCACCACCUGUUGUCACCACAAUGCCAUCUAUGGCUAUUGCUUUACAACAGCAGCAGCAGCACCAUAGCUUGAUGCAGGAUGCUUUCAGCAGCAACCUUACAGUACAGAUGCAGAGUGCUGUACCAUUCUGGAGACGUCCAUUACCAAGUCAGCAUAACCACCAGGGUGGUUCAAGUGAGAAUGAAGCAAGCAGUGUAGGUUCAAGGGUGAACAUUCAGCAGAAGCUUCAGGAGAAGAAACAGAAGCAACUUGCAGAAUUACGAGUUAUAGAGGAAGAGAUCAAACAGGGCAAGAUCCAGCGUCCUGGAGGCUCAGGAGGAGCACCUUCUGGGACUGGAGAAGACUUAGGGUCUCUCCCUCGACAGCCAAUUCCACGUACUAAGCGACAUAAUCAAGGGGGUUGGCCACCUCCUUCACCACCAAGCUCACGUGCUUUACCUCCGCCUUACACUUACCACCUGUUGCCACCACCAAGAGCAAAACAUCGGUCUAAAACACCAGAAAUCUUGUUGGCUCCACAUUAUCUGGAAAACAGUGGAUUGUAUUUUGGGUGGGAACAUGAACGGUCUCCAGUUUACAGGCUUUCAGAUGAUGAACCUAUAGACAGGGACUGCAGCAGUGAACGAGGCUCCAAUUACUCUGAGUCAGGGAGAGGUGGCAAAGAUGAACUACUGGCACGGAAUAGUGACAUGGCAGGUGACUCUCAUUCUAAUGGUGCCCACCAGCAGCAGGCCAUGCUGAUGUACAAGUCGUAUCGCAUUCCAUCUGACAUGGACUCUCAGAUCUCACUUCCAAGGUCAUAUACACUACCUCGGGAGUUCAAAUAUUACCGAAGGCCAAAGUCAAGGAAAGCCAUACGUUCAGAGCAUUUUGUGGCUUCUACAAACUCAAGUGAUGGUGAUGUGGAUUCUGGGGAUGAAACGCCUCACCAUAACCGAAAUGCACCAUCACAGCAUCAUCCUCGUGCUGUGAGACUGCGGCCGUAUCGGGGUUAUGUAAGACGAGAUCUACAUGAAACCAAGUUGUGAUACUUCUUGAUCAAACCUGCCCUUGGCCUCACAGUUAUCCAUAACUCACCCUUGAGUUUCACUCGCUACCUUUCUAGUGUUUCCAAACCAAACAUAUUUCAUGAACUCUUUUUAUGAAUUAUUUGCAUACAUACUGAUUCCUUUCAAAGCUCAGCGUUUGUACUCAUAUAUAUUUUGGAAUGAAUCUGCUAAGGGUACAUUGGAGUUCAUAUAUUCUCAUAACAGGAUUUUUUUUUUAAAGAACAAGGUUUCAUUAGCAUCAAGUUUAUUAAGAAUGAAAUAUAUGAAGAAAGAUGAAAAUAUCUUUUCUGUUUUAUUACUUGGACUUAAAAUUGUGAAAUGAUUCUCUUUGCUUUUUCUUUCUUAGAAGAAAUAAAUGAGGUUAUCAUAUUUUUAAAAAAAUAUGAAACUAAUGCAAAAGGUACAAUUUUCAUGUACAUAGUAGGUUGUAGAGUCAUAGAAUAUGUUGGUUAGAGAAACACUUCAAAUUCUGUAACUGCGUUUCUCAUUGUUCUGUUCACUGCUUCCCUUUCCUUCGUCCCUGUGUAUAUUAUAUCUUGUGUUUUAAAACACUUAUAUCUUGCCAGUCCAUUAGUGAAGACUCAUAUUGAAAAGGGGAAUGGUUGUGAAAUUUAUAAAUACAUUGUACAACAAAAAUAAUAUUCUCCAAUCCUUGAAAUGAAAACAGGGAAUUUGAGUAAAUUGGGUUAGCCUGAGCUUUGAUAUUUUGUGUUGCCCACCAUUUUUGCAGGAAAUAGUAAGUUUUUAUGUGUUAAGAACAUUUUCUUUUACCAUAUUUAUUACAAAAGUGACAUUUUAACAAAAUUCAGAAUUGUUUUUAAUGUUUUAUAUUUUGUAGUUGGUAUGUGGAGUUUCUCCAGUAAGAUCCAGAAGUUGCCCAGCAUACUAGAAUUCCAAAGGCAAUGUUGUUAAUCUGCCAUUUCAGCCACGUGCGACGCUGAACUCCUGUUCUACCAAUAUGAGUCAUUCCUUAUGGAUAUACUGCCAUAUAUGUGAGCGACCAUUGUGACAAUCUGUAUUUUGAAUUGUUUUGCAAAAAUUUACACUGGCUUUUGCCAAUUUUCUUAUAAAAUUUACAAAUCUGAAGACUGACAUUCUAGCUGUAGCUUUCUUUACAGUUGCUUUCUUUCUCUCUCUCUUUUUUCUUGUUGAAUGGCUUAGUAAAUGUCUUGUGGAGGGUACAAAAGUGAAAUGUAAAUAUCUAUUUUGUAUGUAAAUACUGGAAUAAAAUAACAUGUUUCUACUUUUAUAUUUAAAUAUAUGUUUUGCUAUAUAUGA